GCACCCAGGGGUUUCAGGCACAUUGCCGGCUACCUGUGUAUCUUCCUGGCUGUUUGCGCCUGGCGCCUUCGAAAAUCCGGGAGCUUCGCUGUGCUAAGUCAAAAGCAAGCACCGAGGAGGCACCCGAGAUGGGCUGAGAGGAAGAUGCAUUCUAUGACAAUGGAGGUGCUGAUGGAAAUGGACGAGGAGCUGGCUGCUGAAGAAGCCAGUAUGAUCAAGCGGAAGACGGCAGACUUUGCGGAAGGCGAGCGAGUCGAAGGUGUCGUUGUUCGAGAUUGUGGUGACUCUAUUCACGUCGACAUCGGAGCAGCUGCGGAUGCCAUUUUGGAGAGAGGUGACUUCAUUGGAGCCGCCGAUCGCCGCGUUUACUUGCCUGGAACCCACUUGAAUGUGACUGUUUGGAGUAAAGCGAACCAUACGCUUUCCCUGCGGAUGCAUCGCUUCAAUAGCUGCCGCUGCCAAACCUGCUUUCAGCCGAAGGAGGGCCCCGUGCAUCGCCAGAGCUGCGUUCAGUGCUGGAACGUUGGGCGGGGUGUGCCGCCGCUUUUUGAAGCCAAUGGAAAGCGCUUGCACUGCGUGGUUGGACCUGUGCCAGAAAGCGUGCAUGAGAAAGUUCAAGCGCUCAUAAAGCAAGGCAACACCUACUGGGAUACCUGGGCCGAGAAGUCGUCUCGGCCGCUGCAGAAAGGCCGGCUGCAUGGAGUUGGAAUUCAGCUCAGCAGGAAUCGCACUUUUCCUGGCACGGCGCAGCUGCGAGGAAGGUGCAACGAGGUGUUGGGUGAAAUGUUAGACACCGAGAUGGUUGAAGUGCUCAACAAUGCCACCAACGAGGAUGUGUGGCAGUCCUUCCGUUGGUACAAACCCCCGGCACUGCCCAGUCGAGAGCCAGGGGUUGCGUCCAUAGAUCCAGCUGAUGGCGGAUCCGUUCAGAGCUACAUUGGACAAGGCUACAUGGCUGUGUUAUCCAACUGCAGUGAAGACCAUGCACCACCCGUACCAGUGGCGAAGCUGUUGGGUGUGCCGUCUUGCAAGGAGACCUGCCCGACAUGCAGGUCUAAAGGCUGCCAAGCCUGCGAGGAAUGUUGCGUGCAUGUUGACCAAGACCACUCGGCAUCGCUGCUGCUGGGCAUUCAGGAGGAAGAUCCGAUCAUUGACCAGAUGGCGUUCUUUGUCAUGGGCAACAAAGCUUUCCCCUUGGCAGGUGGGCGUGCCUUCCUCUUUGAUGGCAAGGUGGUGCCGCACGGCGUGUGGUGCAUGCGCGGACACUACCAAGGCAUGGCCUUUGUCAAGAAGGUACCCUACAAGCGGCGAGCUCGCAAGAAACCAGAAGUGUCGCGGAAGUAG